CCCGUUCGCUUUUGUGCGUCGCCUGAACAGCUGCGAGACUGCCUGCCUGCCAUAGCGUGCGAGAGCCGGUGACCUGCGAGGCUGGCAGUUGGCAAGUCAUUACUGCCUGCAGGUCCACGCCAUGGGGAUGGCCAGGCUUCGCGAUGAGCGAGGCGCCCGAUACCGCGACCGCGACGAUGAAUAUUCCGACGACCGAGACCGCAAGCACCGCCGCCGUCACAAGGACCACAAGCACGACGACGAGCCCUCUGCAUCGACGCGCGAGCGACGGGAGCGCCGCCGCGCCGAUGACGCCCGCAGACAGGCAGACGUGGACAUUGAGGAAUUGAGGGCGCGCCGCGAGCAGUACUUCACCCGCACAGAGGCCGAGCGGCGGCGAGACCGCGAGCGAGACCGUGAACGAGACCGCAUGGCCCAGGACACCCGCCGCGACAAGGAAAAAUCCAGGAGCAGCCGCGACACCGCCCGCCGCGACACCACCCGCCGCUCGUCGAAAAAGCGAACUGUCAUUCCCGAGGAUGAGGACUUCGUCUUUGGCCGGCCAAAGUCGAUGGGCCACGUCGAUGACGUCCCCGCCCGCCGCCCCUCCACCCGCAAGAGGAGCGAGGAGGGCGGAUCGUCAAACAGGACUGCCUACACGCCCGUCUCAGGUUCAGGAUCCGCCUCUGUCCGCAGGGCUGAGGUCCCCAAUCUAUCCAGAAACGCCUCUGUCCGUGAGCCAAAGGCUUCCGCACCAGCAGCACCCAGGCUAUCAAUCCGACGCACAGGCACCGUCAAGUCUCCUGCUCCGCCCACGCCGCUCACCAGGACCCAGUCCGUCAAGGAUGCCGCCCGCCGGAGUACCGGAGGAAUCUUAUCCAGCCUGUUUAAGCCCGCCCUCCAACGGACAAGCUCUUCCGCCCACAAGGAACACAAAGAGCACAAGGACCACAAGGAGCACCGCGAAGUCCAGAGGGCCGACUGUUUGGUAUGUAUGAACGACGACAUCCCUAUCCACAAGACCGCCAAGCUUGCCUGUGGACACCGCAUGUGCUACUCCUGUCUCAAGCGCCAAUUCACCCUUUCGGUCAAGGAUCCCCAGCACAUGCCGCCCAGAUGCUGCACUUCGGAGCAUAUUCCCCUAAAAUACGCCGACCGUUUGUUCGACGACAAGUUCAAGGUGCUCUGGAACAGAAAGUUUCAGGAAUACACCACCGCCAACCGCCUGUACUGCCCGACCAAAGGAUGUGGCCAGUGGAUCAAGCCGUCCAAGAUCAAAAUGGACCCCACCUACGGUCGAAAGUACGCGCGAUGCAGCACAUGCAACACAAAGGUGUGCGUGCUAUGUAACAGUAAAUUCCACACAAAACGGGAGUGCCCAAAGGACGAGGAGACGAACCGCGUGGUGGAGAUGGCCAAGGAGCAGGGCUGGCAGCGAUGCUACAGCUGCAAGGCCGUCGUCGAGCUGAAGGAGGGCUGCAAUCACAUGACCUGUCGCUGCACGGCCCAAUUCUGCAUGGUGUGUGCUGCUCCAUGGAAGACCUGCAACUGCCCUUGGUUCAACUACCAGCACGUUUCCGACGAGGACCGCCUCAACGAGAUGCGCGUACCCUACGCACGCUACCCCGACGUCGAAGUGAUUGAGAUUGCCGAGCCGUCCCCGCCACUAGCACGCCGCUCGAGUGUCCGCACACGUGAGCGCCCCGAACGAGACCGCGAUUACGACCGUGCCGACCGAGUCCUAUCCGGACACCUCCGCAACUCGCUUCAUGUCGCCAGCCCAGCAGUAUCGUCAGUAAGACGCACGGAACCCGAGGUCCAAGUCUACGGCUUGGGCAAUGCUGGCGGCCACCACAUGAACGAGUCUUAUGCUAUCCGCUCCGUGCCCACAACCUCCCGCCCCGCUACUCGUCAAUCCACACCCCGGAAUUCCUUUUUCUCUAGCCGCCGUGUUUCAGCUCCCACUCCCUCCCGCUCUGCCCCCCCUCAAGCUGCCCCGGUGGUAACUUCUUCAGUAAUGGCUGGACUCUCAAAAGAUGGAAAGAAAGUUGGUGCAAACCGCGUAGGGACAUGGCUCAACCAUGUCCAAAUCGACCCCGAAGCUACCGCCACCGCGGCCGAAGACGUCGAGGUCGAUGACUGGAGGUGCGAUGGCACCAUGAUUGGUAUUGAUUAAAAUUUUGUUGUAUAUAUGGAGUUUGGGUGUUGUCUUUUCCCAUGUUUUUUGGUUCUCGGUAACUGGAUGUACACGUAUGGUUGGUAAAGGUUGUUGUUUUUUUGGAUAGCAUUUAGCCGGCGAGAUACCCACUUACUUCUUCGUUAAUGACGCAUAUUCGUUCUGGA